AUGGCAUCUGUCAGUCAUGUUUAUAAUAAGUUUGUCCAGAGCUUUCUGGAUCAUUGUAUAUUCCUCACAUCGCUCUGUAUAGUGACGGAGGUUCCAGUUUACACCUCUAAGCAGCUUGUAAAGAGUGAAGGUCCAGAUGCAGACCACGCAACAAAUGUGAGAAUAUCAGUCAUCAAGCCACCAAGGGAGACCUCUGAAGAAUCUAUCCUUGCUCUGCUUCGAUGUUUUCAACAGGGUCCUGAAGCACAGAAAAGGUUCUACCUUUAUAAUGGAAGCACCUUUUGCGUUGUCUCCACAGGAAGCUUGAUUUUCAUGGUCGACAUAGCCGGACUGGAGUACAUGGCCAUGAUACGUGGGGGUGGCGUCUUCAUUAUCAUAACGUAUGCGGCGACAGUUUCAAUAACGUUUCCCUCGUUUUUACUUUUAGCUAUGUUGUCAGCUUUGCGCCCGGGAUCACUACCCUUUUCUGAGUAG